AUCUGAGUAGCAUUUAGUAUAUUAUACUGUUUUUUGGCUUAAUUUGCCUAUUUAUAAAAGAAUUGUUCUUAUAGAAACAAAGAUUUAUUUCUCCAUCUACUUUAAAAAAAACAAUUUUUUAUAAUGUCGCAACCUCUACCGAAUCCGAAUACAUUAUUGCCUCUUGAACUUGUGGAUAAAUGUAUAGGAUCAAGAAUUCAUAUUAUUAUGAAGAAUGAUAAAGAAAUGGUUGGAACUCUUCAAGGUUUUGAUGACUUUGUAAACAUGUUAUUAGAUGACGUGACGGAAUAUGAAUCUACACCUGAAGGCAGAAAAAUAACCAAACUGGACCAAAUACUUCUUAAUGGAAAUAAUAUAGCUAUGUUGGUUCCUGGAGGAGAAAUGCCUGGUGACUCAUAUGAAGGGCAAUGAGAAUUCAUUAAAACCUCUUUUAAUUAAGUUUCUUAAUGUUAAUAAACAAAUGCUUUCUAAUUUUUA